AUGUCAACUGGAAAUUUAAAAGCUUCUUUAGACUCUCUUUCAACUAAAUAAUAUACCUGCAGGCUCUUAGAAUUAGGAGAUUAUGAUAAAAUGUACUUUGAAUGCUUGAGUAAUUUAACUAGUUCUCCUUAGAUAUCUAGAGAGGAUUUCUAGAAAGAGUUUUAAUUGCAAUCUAAAAAUGAAAUUAUUAAUUCAGUACAUAUUGUAAUUGAGGAAGUUGAAAAAAAGAAAAUUGUUGCUGCUGGUAGUGUUAUUAUUGAAAGAAAUAUUGUAGGAAAUGUUGGCCACAUAGAAGGUAUUGUUGCAGCUAAAGGUGAAUAAGGUAAAGGAUGGGGCUCUAAGAUAAUGAAGGCUCUUAAUAAAAUAGGAUUGGAAAAUUUGGGAUGUAUUAAAUUAGCUUUAUAUUGCAAACCUUCAAAUACCGCUUUUUAUGAAAAGCUAGGAUAUGUUGCUGAAGGCGAUGAGUGCAUGAUGAGAAAAUGA